UGCGGCCGGCGACCAGCGCCACUCGUCAGUCAGACCCCGCCGCCGCCGCCGCCACCACCGCCACCGCUGCCCCGCAGGCCGCGCUAGGCCGACCCGUCCCUGCGCCGUCCCGCCCCGGCCCGGUCCUCCGCGAGUGACUACAGUGCACAGGUGUGAGGGACCACGGCGCCCGCCGAGAACACCGCGUCCCCAGAGCGGAUGGGAUCGCCUCGGAUCGGCGCUAUCCCAGAUCCGGCCGCCGCGAUCCGCCGCGCGCCGAGCCCGCCCAGGAUCGGGGCUGUGCUGAGCGAGGCCGGAAUCGGAGGGACUGAUUUCUGACACCGCCGACCGCCGGUCGCUGACGGACCACCGCCGCUGACCGCCGAAGGGACGAGGAGCCGGGACCACUGACCUGCGCGGCAGUGACCUCAGAGGACGGAGACCGCCGACCCCGGACCGACCAGGGUCACUGACUGAUUAAGGGCUGGUCCCCGACUCACUUCAACGUCUUCAAGAUGUACUCAAGUCUUCUGUCCUUCUCAGCUUUGGUGCUGGCGUGCUCAGCGCUGCCCAGACAUCAGAUCCACAUGGCACUCUCGGAGAGUGAGAUCCGAUCGGUAUUUGAUGCCGAGUCACAUAGUGAAGUACCUGAGUAUCAGCUGGUUAACAUCCGGGCGAGAACGCGGCGGAACGCGCAGCGGGGCAUUACAAAACAGGUGUCUUUAGACGCCUUUGGAGAGCGGUAUGAUUUGAAUCUAGAGAAGAAUGAAGAUCUAAUGGCUGACCAAUUUGAUAUUUUCUACGCGGACCCGAUGGAAGACGGCCGGACGAGUUUCCAGCGGGCAGUCGAGGCGGAGCUGCUGGACGUGGGUGACCCGUACCAGGACCGGGAGGCCGACGCCGCCCUGCUCGUCCACCACGACCCUGAGAACGACGCCCUCCUUCUGGACGGUACCGUGGGUGCCACGCUGGUGAUCCGACCUGUGCCGGCAUCUGCACGGCCCCAGAUCGACCGUGAGGCUGAGGCCAGCAUCAACGACCUGCCUCCGGACGACGAGUUCUUCCUGGAUGAAGAAGAGAACCUCCAGGAUGAUAGGAUCAUUGAGGACGGUUUCCCGCUUCACCAGCACCACAACGGCAGCCACCGCGUGCGGCGGCGCGUUCACAAGCGGCACACCCAGGGCCUCCACUUUGUCUACCACCGGACGACGCCCUCACUGAAGGCAGACUACGGUGUGAUGGAGAUGGACGCCUUGCCGACGGGCGCCCGCCGCCGCCGGCGCCGCUCUGCCCCCUCCGUCAUCUACCCCGAGGUCCUCAUCAUCAUCGACUACGACGGAUUCCUGCUUCACGAUCAGGACAACAACAAGAUCAAGAAGUAUUUCACUAGCUUCAUGAACGGGGUGGACCUGCGGUAUAAGCAGCUGAGGAACCCCGAGAUCAAGGUCAACAUCGCCGGCAUGAUCAUCUCAAGGGGCGCCGAUGCCACUCCGUACCUGGAGCAGAACAAGGUGACGGCAGAUUCCAUCGACUCGGCGGCCGCGCUGACCGCCAUGGGAAAGUACCUGUUCGAGGAGCGCCGGCUGCCCACCUACGACAUCGCCAUGGCCAUCACCAAGCACGACCUCUGCCGCCGGCGCAACAGCGGAAAGUGCACCAAGGGAACGGCCGGUUUCGCGUACGUGGGCGGAGCGUGUGUGGUCAACAAACGACUCACCAAGGUGAACUCCGUGGCAAUCGUGGAGGACACGGGCGGCUUCUCGGGCAUCAUCGUGGCCGCCCACGAGCUGGGUCACCUGCUGGGGAACGUGCACGACGGCUCGCCGCCGCCCUCCUACCUGGGAGGACCGGGAGCCAAACGAUGCCGCUGGGAGGAGGGUUUCAUCAUGUCCGACCUCCGGCACACCGAGAAGGGAUUCAAGUGGUCCCCGUGCAGCCUGGAGGAGUUCGACCACUUCCUCAACGGUGAGACGGCCACCUGUCUUUACAACGCUCCUCACGAGAGAAACAACCUGGACCGUCACCUGCCGGGCAAGCUGCUCUCGCUGGACGCCCAGUGCAAGCGGGACCGCGGCACCAGCGCCUGCUUCAAGGACGACCGCGUCUGCGCGCAGCUCUUCUGCUUCGACCAGGCCACCGGCUACUGCGUGUCCUACAGGCCGGCGGCAGAGGGAUCGCCCUGCGGAGUCGGAAAGUACUGCCGUGACGGUUACUGCGUGACGGACGACAGCGGCGGUAACGGGUUCGGACGCAUCUCGUACGGGUCCAGCGACUUCUUCACCAGCGCCACCCAGACGCGGCCCGUGUGGACCGACCCGCCCACCCAGCAGACCACCGAGAAAGCCACCACCAAAAGUGAGGUGUGGAACCCGUGGAGCGCCCACCGGUCGACUCGGGAGAUUCACAACAGCCCCGAGACAACAACGACAACAACGACAACUACUACAACGACCACAACGACAACAACUCCCACCACCACCACCACUACCACUACCACCACCACACCCGCACCAACUACCACAACCACAACCACCACAACGACAACCAAAGCGUCCACCACGACACCUAGCUGGUGGACCAAGCGGCCGAAAACUAACCGGUGGACGGCCUGGCGGAAAACGAGCCGGACCAGCACCACCACCACCAGCACCACCACCAGCACCACCACGCCUCCGCCGGUGACGGUGGUGCGAACAAACACCCUCGAGGAAGAGGAAGAUAUCAAGGCCUCGUCUAAAGAGGCGGCCGGCCAGUGCGUGGACCGGGUCAACCGGCUAGUGGGCCAUCUCUCGUGUAAACAGUUCAUCCAGCGGUACGGCUACCGGUACUGCUCGCGGAAAUACGUGCAGCGUAACUGCUGCGCGUCACAAAAUCGGCUGUGUUCCGGCCGGAGUGCGUUCAGUGGCUAGCGGCCGGCGCACCGCCGCCGCCGCCGCUCACGGACCCCACUCUGGCGGAGCGCCGCGCGCGCGGCCGCCAAACUUGUUGAAGCUGAGUUGUUACGGCGCCUGGGCAGGGCGGCCGAGUGACCCCGCCCGGGCGGCGCGGCGCCGCCGCCGCAGCCGCCCGCCGAGCGAGGACACAUUGGGAGAGAGGAGACGCAGAGAGGAGGAGGAUAGUGCGCGCCAUACUGUGCCCAGUGAUCCAGUCUGAGAACAAACACUCGCCGUGCGCGUGGCGCCGCGCGCCGGCACUGUGCCGCCGAUGAACUGUACCUCACAACCAAAGAGAAUCGGCCGGGCGGGCCGGCGGGGCCAGCGGUGCCGGGCGGCGCGCGCCGGCCGGCCGUCACCACACCAUUCAUUUGUCGCAUCCCGCUCAUCGCCACCGCCGCCGCCGGCCGACCGACCGGCCGGCGGCGGUCCUCUGGCGCUCAGGUGUCGGCCCAUCGGCCCGCCGCCGACCGAGAGAGAGAGAGAGAGGAAGAGGGGGAGAGAGAACCGACGAGGACCCAACCCGACCGUGUCCGUCGCCACACUGGCGCCGCGCACGCCGGAGCAAGUGUUGCGGGCUCACCGCUAGGUGGCAGUAUUUGUAGCAUAUUUGCAGUGUAGAUGUCGCUAGCUGCUCCCAGACUAUGUGAAUCUGAGAGGCCGUCAGGCUCAUGAAAUACAUAUACGUGAAUACAUG